UAUUCCUGUAGUAUGUUAUUUCUUGGUGUGAAUUUUAUUCCUUUUAAUUGUUAGCGUGUUUGUUCUGAUCUCUUGUGUGUGCAUGAGAACUGACUGCAACCAGCUUUCAGCUACUUUUGUUUUUUCCCCCGAGUACUUUGAAUUAUGCAGUUGAAUAUGUCAUGUAGUUUGCGUCCAUAGGACCCAGUCGGUUAGAGUUGAAUAUGUUCAGCCAAACAUCUAUUAUUCAAUUCACUCCAUAAAUAUGUAAUCACUAAAUAAUUUGCUCAGAAUUUUAUUUCAAAUAGGAUUUGAAUAAGAGUUUAAUUUCACUGUAGGGAGACUUCAUAUUCAACAUUGGGCCACGUGAAUUGCUGAUUCUGUGAUACCUUUCUGUGGAAAAUCUUGGCUACACUUUUGUUGAUUUAGAGUCUUUGAAUGAACUUCUCCAUAAGGAUUUCUAGGAGAGAAAAAAAUGAAAUAGACUCUUCAUAAGUUAAAAUUAGCUCAUGCACAGUCAAAAGAUAAAGAUAUAGUGAAGUGAUACAAGAGAAUUUCUUUAAAUUAACUUGCGUAUGAGAUAAUUUUAUCUUAUAGAGAAAUUGAUUUCAUGUUUUUCUCUCCUGAAACAUUAUAUAGAAGUUUUACAGGAGGAUUUCGACAUUCAAUCACUGCAUAACUGUUUAUUGUUUGAGUUGAUGAUCCAAUGGGGAUAACUGAAGAAGCUUCCCAUGUUCCUCCUCGGAAGCGACAGAAUCUUCUCCUGGAAAUACCAUCAAGAACAGAAGAGAGUUCUCAAGAUUUUGUUGCGAUCAAAAUGCCACCAACACCAAGUUCCAAUCCCACUCCUACUCCAAAGAGAGUGAAUUUUCUUGUGAGUUCUCGCUCUGUUGAUCCUCCAGCACAUAACUCUCCUGGGCCUUCAACAUCAAGAGGAAAAUCAGCCAUAAGAAGCCUGCUCCCAAAACUGAGCUUCAGGUAUCGAACACCAGCAGCAGAUGUUGAAAAGGCAAAUACCGCAGCUCCAGAAGUUUCCUCUUCAGGCAUUGGAGAAAAGCCUUCAAUUGCAAGAUCAUUGUCUCUUACUAAGAUAUUUACUCCUCGGAUUAAGAGAACGUCAUCGUUACCACUAGAUGAAAUUAGACAAUCAAACAAUGAAUCUUCUCAUGGUGGAAGUGUUGGUGGUCCUCUAAAUAAAAAAGAAGCCCAGAGGAAGAUAGCUCGCUCUCUUUCAGUACCUGCCAACAACAAAGACAAAAGCUUAAGGAGGAUGGAUUCAUUUUUUCGCAUUGUUCCUUCCACUCCUCGAAUAAAGGAAGGAGAUGUAUUGGUAGACACAUCAACAAACGAUGCUGAAAAUGAAGAUGCUAAUGGUGAAGAUAUAGCCGAAGAAGAGGCCGUGUGUAGAAUCUGUCUGGUUGAUCUGUGUGAAGGAGGUGAGACCUUCAAGUUGGAAUGCAGCUGCAAAGGUGAACUUGCACUGGCUCACCAAGAAUGCGCUAUUAAAUGGUUUAGUAUAAAGGGUAACAAGACCUGUGAUGUGUGCAAGGAGGAAGUUCGGAACCUACCUGUCACUCUAUUAAGGAUCCAAAGUGUUCGAAAUCGGAAUAUUGGUGCAAAUAGGUCUCAGCUGGAAGAUGCAAACGGAUACAGAGUAUGGCAGGAAGUCCCAGUUCUUGUCAUUGUCAGCAUGCUAGCGUAUUUCUGCUUUCUUGAGCAGCUAUUGGUUGGAAAAAUGAGUACUGGUGCAAUUGCCAUAUCUCUUCCAUUUUCCUGUGUACUGGGUCUACUUUCCUCCAUGACAUCAUCAACCAUGGUGAAGAGCAGGUUCAUCUGGAUUUAUGCUUCUGUCCAGUUUGCUAUGGUGGUUCUCUUUGCGCAUAUUUUUUACUCCGUGGUUCGUGUGCAAGCUGUUUUGUCUAUCCUUCUGGCCACAUUUGCUGGUUUUGGUGUGGUGAUGAGUGGCAGUUCUAUUCUUGUGGAGUUUUAUAGAUGGAGAAGAAGAUUGCAGGCAUCAGAACACCGACAAGGCCCUCAAUUGGUGCCACAAACAGGACAAAAUCCACAAUCUUCAAACACUCCUAAUUCAGAUUCAGGUUCAGGUCCUUCAAACCACAGUCAACCUGUGGUGCAAAAUGAACAGAACUCAAAUCAGAGUUGAAUUGAUUUGUUUGUUUGGCUUCUCUUAACACUAGAGGAUGCAACUCAUCGUUUUUCAUUAUUGAUUUGGAAGUACUUUCGUGUAUAGGGAAUUAGACUUUAUUACAUUUUUACAUCUUCACCAGACUUCAUUGUACAGCUUAUGGCAGCAAGCAAUAGUGACUUAGAAUAUAGCUUCUCAUGCUAUAGAAUUUCUGUUUUUUAAUAUGGGAAUUACAAUUUUCAGCACACUAAAACCAGAAGGCGUCUGGUCUUCUUUUUUGUA